CCGGGCUUGCCGGAAGUAACAGGUCUCCCGCAGGCCGAGUAGCCCAAAGAUACCCAAAGCCUGAGCUGGAGCCGGGGAGCCGGGCUCUCCCCGUAACUGGUGGCGCCGCGGACCCGAGCUUUGCCUGCAAGUGGUGGCGCCGCCGACGCCGACCCGGCCGCCAUGGACUUCGGCAGCGUCAUCAGUAAAGCAUCCGAGAACAAGGUUGAUGGCCAGAUCCGGAAGCGUUACAGCUUGUCAGUGAAACCUCCAAAGAAGAGCGAACAAUCGAAAAUAGUUCCAUCUUCAGCCGUGCAGGCCUUUCUCAAACGCAAGGAGCAGGAGCUGAAGAAAAAAGAUUUGGUAGAACAGCAGCGGAAAGAGGUACUACUAGCAAAGCGAGUGGAACUAAAGCAUGAUCGUAAAGCCAGAGCCAUGGCGACUCGGACUAAAGACAAUUUCAGAGGUUACAAUGGUAUUCCCAUGGAGCAGAAAGGCAAAAGAAGAGCUGAUGAUGAUGAGGGAAAGGAACAAAGAAUGGAUGACAGCAGUGAGGAGUACUAUGAUAGGGAGCAGGUGGAGGAUGAAAUGUCAGAAACUGCUGAUUCUGAUGGUUCGGGAGAAUUUGUAGAGCAAUUGGAUGAGAUAUCAGAUAAUCAGCAUUACAGAAAGCCUGAGGUUGCAUUUAAACAGCUGAAACGCCCGCAUCGAGAGCCCGAGAAACCAAUGAAGGAGCCCAAGAGAGCGUAUAAAGAACCAGACAUAGUGACAAAAGUGCCAGAACAAGCUCAUAAAAAGGCAAGCAAGUCCCAAGUCCCAAAGAAACCACCCAUGAACUUCACAGAUCUCCUAAAGCUGGCUGAAAAGAAACAGUUUGAGCCAGUAGAGCUUAAACCCGUUAAAAAAGUGGAGGAGAAGCUACAUACUGCGGAGGAACUGAAAGAACUUGAGUUUCUAGAGCGCAAACGGCAAAAGCAGAACGACAAAAUGAAAUCUGAAAAGGUGGUCACAUUUUCACAACCAGUCAGCUCGUCAAAAAAAGAACCGUCAAUUAAAGGCAGUAAAAGCACAAACUUGGCGCAAGGAGAGAAAAGUACUGUAUCCAGAAACAAUAACUCGGUGUCUGCCAACAAUAUUAGCAAAAAUCCCAAAACUUCAUCUGGUGAAAGAUUACCUUCUUCAGCAUCUCACAAGGCACCCACACAAGAGAAGUCCAGAUUAGGCAGUGGCUGUCCCACCUCCAAAACGUCUGGGAAAACUGCAGUAAAUGUCUCUGCCAAAUCUGGAAAUAGCUCCCAAGUACCAAGCAAAGGAUUAAAACCUGGAUCGAAUGGAAGCCACUCUGCAUUGUCUUCAAAACACACCCAGAAAAAAAUCAGUAAACCGACAUCAACUGGAAAAGCUGACAAUGCUUCCACAAGACACGAAAGGACAGAGUCUUCAAAUCCGUUGCACUCCAGAAGUGCAAGUAGUUCAGCUCCUGAACGACACAAAGCUUCCUCUGGCUUUAACCAAAAGCAAGCAAGCAGUGCAAGCCACUUGGCCCAAAUGCAAUCGAGCAGCUCGGGCCACUCUAGGGCCAACAGUGCAAGUAAUUGCAAGCCUUCUCGUGCAGGAGCCUCGGACUCCACACGGCUGAAAGAAAAGAGCAGCUUGGGCACCCCAAAGCGUAACCCUGGGUCUCUGCAAUCAAAGAGCACUAAUGCCUCAGGAUCGAUACAACCGAGAAACACUGGAUCGAUGAGACCUGAAAAUACUUUGCCUGUGCCCAUGAGACAUGGGAGCGCUCCAAAUUCUGGGGUGGCACGACCUGGAGAAUUGAAGCCCAAAUGUACUGUGGUAUCAGAGACUAUAUCAUCAAAGAACUUUCUUUCAAGGCCCAGCAAUGGACCGGUCAUCAAUAGGAGACCGCCACCACCACCAGGGUACAGGCCAAUGAUGCACCCACCAGGACGCCCUCCAAGGCCACCUGGUCCAAUAUCCUACAAACGAAGACUGGACGAUGACGAUGAUGAGGAAUACGACUCAGAAAUGGAUGAUUUUAUUGACGAUGCUGGAGCAUCACAAGAUGAAAUCUCAAAGCACAUCAAGGAGAUCUUUGGAUAUGACCGAUCCAAGUACAGGGAUGAAAGUGAUUAUGCUUUGCGAUCUAUUGAAAGCAGCUGGAAGGAACAGCAGAAGGAGGAAGCCAAAAGCUUGCGUUUGGGUAUAAUGGAGGAUGCGGAAGAACUGAGAAAAGAGGAGGAACUAAGAAAGAGGAUGAAAUCUAAGAAAAAUGCGUCUUAGUUCAUUGAAGACAUUUCGGCAUAUUUAUAUAUUAUAUUUAUAUUUAAAAACUCUGUUUGUAUUUGAGGUAAUAUGCACUAAAGUAAGGUAUUUACUUUAUAAACCAUGGAGCUCGUAAUUGACCAAUUGAGAAGUUAAAUUAGCAUUAAAGAAAGCAAUGGUGAUAGUGAAAGUAAUUUUACAUAAUUAAUUGGUGCGUCGCCACGUUUUUCUCCUGUUCCUAUCUAAUGUGUUAGAUAAGGUGUUCUUUUAGUUUGAGCCAUAAAUUUUAAUUGUGACCCAGGCCUUGAUAGCUCCAACAUAUUAAUUUGUCACUAAUAACGUUUAUCACAUUGCAGAUUUAAGGGCGUAAACCCUUGCACGCUGUGACAUGCACCAAGUAGCAUCUACAUCCUGGUUGAUCUAUAAUGUGUCCCUUUUUCAUUUUGCUUCCGGCGAAGGGUAGUGCAGUAGAUUGGAAAUUACCUUUUUGCCCAUGAGUUUAUAGCUCAAAUCACUGAUGAUGUGUUAAAUUUGCAGUUGCAUUUGGUGAAACCCCAAAGCGCCUGAACUUGGGGAAAAUAUUAAAAUAAUCCAAAUCUAUUAUUCAACCUGCAGUAACUCGCACUUCCAUUUGUGGCCACGAAAUAGACUUUGUAUAAUCUAAUUUAUUUUUCGGUGCCAUGCCAUCUGCCGCAUUCUUCAGCAAGGAAAUUCUUCCACGUUUCCUUUCAUCUCUUAAUUUAACUUAAUUACAUUUCUGUGUCCUCUGAUCCGAAUCCUCUACUUUUGCGUGGUUUGAGUGGGGGGGGGGGUUGAGACUAAAGCAAAAGACACUUUGUUACAGCAGCUGUGUAGAUUGUAUGUGCUGCACCCAAGUGUGUCAUACCUCCCUUGGAAGUACCAGAAUCUGACAUUGGGUGCCUAAAGUUGAAAACAUUUCAAUUUGCCUUGAUUAUGACAGUAUUUUUUCAUGAAAAUAACAUACUCAAUAAUGUCUGUGCAAUUUAUUUGAACCUGCAUCUUGCAUUAGAGCAAAAAUUGAAGAUCACAGUUUAAAAAAAAUACUGAUAUAGAUUUUGUAAGCUUUUUGAUGAGAAAAAUGCAAGUACAGAUGCAUUAAAUAUAAUUGAUAUUCUGUACAAUAAAUUUUUAUUACAUAAUUUA